UAAGUUAAUUUUAGUUCUUCUCAAAUAAUCAAAGUUCCGAAUAUCUUUUAGUUUAUUAGUAUAGUAUAUGGAAUGAAUACUACGUAAUUUCCUACAUUAUUUAAAAAAAUAAAUCGAAUCUUCAAGUGAAUUAUACAGUAUGUUGUUAAAAACCCUGUUUCAUUUGUUGGGAGCAAUACAAUUUUGUUAUGGAUGUUACUAUGAUGCAGUAUAUGUUAAUAUUCCUGGUAGUGCUGCCCCAACAUUGGGCGGAAAAUUAAAAUAUUUGACAUAUUUGGAUGCGAUAGUGCAGAGUAUUUAUUUUACUAUAGCUUUCCUCAAUGAUCUGUUUGGUAACAAUGAGUCAACAUUGUCAGAGAAACCUCUGAUACGGCGUAUAAAGGAUAUUCUUUUUUGUGCCCUGGCAUACCCUGUAGCCAUGUUUGUUGGAAUAUCAUUUUGGGGCAUAUAUGCUGUAGAUCGAGAGUUAAUUCUCCCUCGAAGUCUAGAUCCAUAUUUUCCAACAUGGUUAAAUCAUGUAAUGCAUACUAAUAUUGUUAUAUUCGUGUUAAUUGAACUUAUCUCAUCAUUCAGAAUGUAUCCAACAAGAAAAUCUGCCAUGACUAUACUAUCUACUUUCUUUCUUGCUUAUUUUAUAUGGGUACAUGUAAUUUAUUUCAAAACUGACAAAUGGGUUUACCCUAUUUUGGCCGUAUUAAACUGGCCAAUUAGAAUUGUAUUCUAUUUAUUCUGUCUUGGCUUUGUUUCUAGUCUUUAUUUCUUAGGUGAGAAAUUAAACAGAAUUGUGUGGUCUAAGGAAGUCGAACGAACUGUUAAAUCUGGUAAAAAGAAGGCUAAAUAAUUGUAAUAUGUAUAUUUUCUUGUAAUCAUAUACCAAAUAGUUAAUGUAAGAGUUUUGUAAUUGGGUUAUCAUAAUUCGUAAAAAUAAUAUAAGAAUAGCUAUAGCAAUAACUAUGAGCCUUGAAUGAUAUCUGAUAACUAUAUACUAUUCAGUUGAGUCUUUGAGUCUUAUAGACGGUAUCCACUUUUUGAAAUACCAGUGGAACAUCUAUAUAAGAACAAGUAUUCUUAAAUAAGUAUUCUAAAUGAUGUACUUACCACAAAUAAAUAUAAUUAUUGUGAUUUGAAAUUAAAAUGAAUCUUUUGGUGUCCUAAAAAUGUUUGAUUAGAUUGUAAUUAAAUAAACACAUUGUCAAGUAGCAUGAUUUAUACUAGAAUAUCUUUACGUAACAUUGCAUAGAGCUGUAAUUUCCUUAUUCAACGAAUCUAGUUUGAUGUCAUAAAACUAUUAUAGUUAGAUAAUUCUAAAUUAUUGAAACUGAUUGCCACAAAAU